GAUAACCGCAUCAUAUCAACAACCACACCAUCAUCAUUCAAGAACCCACAGCAAACACAUUCAAGAAUCUGCAACCACAACCAUCUUAUUUCGAAGGCGUUGCAGAACAACAUGGGCAGUACUCGAGAAGCCAGCCACGCCGGCUCGUGGUAUACAUCAAAUCCGAGCAAACUAUCCUCGGAACUCGACAACUGGCUAUCCCAAGUCCCCUCCACUAUCUCCGACACAAAACUGCCUAUUCCAGGUGCCCGAGUCAUUAUUGCACCCCACGCAGGAUAUUCCUAUUCCGGACCUGCCGCCGCCUGGGCCUACGCAACCCUCGAUCUCUCCACCGCAAAACGAGUUUUCCUCCUCGGGCCCUCUCACGCUUGGUACCUCACUGAAUGUGCGCUAUCCAAACACUCCAAAUAUGCCACUCCCCUAGGAGAUCUAACAAUCGACACCGCUCUCGUCCAAGAGCUAUCCGCCACGGGCGAAUUCAAAAGAAUGUCCACCGACCAAGAUGAAACCGAGCACUCUCUAGAAUUGCAUCUCCCCUACAUCUACAAACUUCUUUCUCUCAACUUCCCCUCUCCCUCGUCCUUCCCCCCUCUAAUACCCAUCCUCGUCGGCAACACCAACGCGGCCACCGAGCGAAAAUUCGGUUCCAUUCUCGCACCCUACCUCUCCGACCCCUCCAACAUUUUCAUCAUCUCUUCCGAUUUCUGCCACUGGGGUUCUCGCUUUCAAUACACAUACUAUCUCCCUGCGAGCCCGUCCGCCGAAGUCCGCGACAAAUCCGGCGGGUACUCACUUUCGCGCCGGGACAAAGCACCGACACAACCGCCAAUCCAUGAGAGUAUAGGCCGCUUAGAUCAAUUAUCCAUGAGUGCUAUUUCCGGGGGCGUGCAUCAGGAGUUUCUGGAUAAUUUGGAAGAGACAGGGAAUACGGUUUGUGGGCGACACCCGAUUGGAGUUAUAAUGGCGGCGAUUGAGAAAGUGAAGGAGGAGAAGAGUUUAGAUGGGGAAAAGGGAAAAUUCAAAUUCGUGAGGUAUGAACGGAGCAAUGAAGUCACGAGGGUGGAUGAUGGGUCGGUGAGUUAUGCGAGUGCGUAUGCUGUGCUGUAAAUGUUGGUUUGCAUUCUAAAGUUGAUGAUGAGCGAUGAUAUGAUGAUUUGACGAUUUUUUGGUGUUAAGAUGGGUCAAAUGCUCGGCGUAUAAUAUUCAGGAAUGGAGUAUUCCGGAGAUUUGCAUUCUUACAUUCUUUCCAAAUCGAUUUCUAAUGCAUAUGAAUCAAAUAGUCCCAUUAGAUUGAUUCUCUGAAACAAUAAUAAAUUAAUCGAUUAAUCUCUAGCUUCAAGUCCA